AAAUGGAAUUAAAUACCUUUCUUUCUCGGUUGUUCUUGCUUGUACUCUCUUUUUACUACGUGGAAUCUGUAUUCAAUCACAAUGUAAAGCCAGAUUGUGCUGCUUCCGAGAAAGAAUGCUCUUUCGACUUUCACGUGAAUUACAUUACCAGUAUGGUAUCUUACAACUGGUCCACUGGUGAAGGAUGCCCGGUUUUUGUACGAAACGGAACCUUUUUCAAGAAAUGUUGCGAUGAUGUCAUGUUUAUGGACCGUCCUUGUGUUGAGGUUCCUUUGAUAUACAAAGAAAUGGAAUAUGUGAUAACAGCGGAUGGGAACUAUAAAUUCAUGUUUGCCAUCAACAACCAAUUCCCGGCCCCAACCAUUGUUGUUUAUGAGAAUCAAAAGGUUAAAGUUCAUAUCCACAAUGACCUUAUGAACGAAGCAGUGACCUUUCACUGGCACGGAAUGUUCCAGAAGGAAACACCGUGGAUGGAUGGCGUCUCCAUGUUAACUCAAUGUCCUAUACUUCCGGGUCAGACCUUUACUUACGAGUUUUUUGCUAAUCCCCAAGGAACACAUUGGUACCAUUCACAUCAUGGAGCCAUGAGAACUUCCGGUCUAGCUGGUGUCCUGAUUGUACUACCCCUCCAGAAAACGGAUAGAGACGAUAUUCCAACGGUAGAUAACGAUGUUGUACUUAUGGUACAAGAAUGGAAUUCUAAGAUGAGUGAUGUUCAACUUGUCAACAUUCAGGAGUGGUAUAUGCUAUCGUUCUCAGAAAACCUUGACACGGAUAAUUGUGUGACAACUAAACUG